AUGACUUUCAGAGUUUUCGGGUUUGUUUUGAGAACCCGGAAGUGGGCCAAACUCGACCUCAAAUAUCUACGUUACGAGAAUGAAGCAAACAACAAAACGGUGCAAACAGCUUUCGAACGGCUCGUCCUUCCCGAAGGUCACAAGGACGUAGUACAGGCAUUGGUUACCCAGCAUUUUCGCGACAAGAAGACAUCCUCUGUUCGAGAUGAGCAAUACGAUCUUGUUCGAGGGAAAGGGAAGGGCCUUAUCAUACUCCUUCAUGGUGCUCCAGGAGUCGGAAAGACUACGACGGCUGAGGGUGUAGCGGAAUCAUUCAAGAGACCUCUCUUUCAAAUUACUUGUGGAGAUUUAGGUACCACCGCACAUGAAGUAGAGAAGGAAUUCGAGAGGAAUUUUGCCCUUGCAAGUCGGUGGGGUUGUGUUCUUUUACUGGAUGAAGCAGAUGUUUUCCUUGCUCAGCGAGAGCGCAAAGACUUCAUACGGAAUGGCUUAGUAGCGGUGUUUCUAAGAGUACUCGAGUACUAUGCGGGUAUACUUUUUCUCACUACGAAUCGAGUUGGCGACUUUGAUGAGGCGUUCGCUUCCAGAAUCCAUAUGAGUUUAUACUACCCGGAGCUCAAUCGAGAGCAGACGGAGAAAGUCUUCAAGCUCAACCUUGAGCUCAUCGAAAGCCGUUUCAAGGCUCAGAAUCGAGAAUUGGAAUUCGACGAUUCCGCUGUUCUAAGCUUCGCAAAACAACAUUACGACGAACAUAAACAUGCACGAUGGAAUGGACGACAAAUUCGCAAUGCCUCACAAACAGCCCUAGCUCUUGCUGAAUUCGAUGCUCUCAACAAAUCCCUUGCCCUGGAAAUUGACAAUAGUACAAAGGUGCACUUGAAACAGGGUCACUUCACAACAGUUCAGAAAGCAUAUCUAGCCUUUGCAAAAUAUCUCGGCGAAGUCUUCGGUACGGAGGGUGACAAGAGAGCCGAGGAAAACCAACUUCGCGCUCGAGAAGAAUUGAAUCGAUCUUUCAAAGGUCACCAAAAGGAAAACUCGGAGUCAAAAUAUCGCGAUACCGAAUUCCAACCCACAAAUCAACAUACCAAUGUCGUGUACCAAGGCAACGGACAUCUUCCUCCCCGGGGUCCCUCACCCUACCAACAAACGGGCCACGGGCCCGCCCAAUACGGACCUAGCGGAUCAUUCGGCGGAGCGCAACAAGAGACAUAUAGUUACAAUCAACCAACCAGAUUGGUACCGUCUAAUACCCCCUACAAUCAACCUAGUAUAGUCCACGAAUCUCAUGGAGGACAACAACAUCCAAAUCAAUAUUCGCAGCAGGGAUGGCAGCAGACAGCCCCUCAAACAACUCCCGGUCAGAUCAACGCUAUUCCUCGUCAGAUGCCGAUACCCGUUACUCAAUCAAACCAGGCUAUGUACAAUCAGCCUUACCCUCAAGCGCAGGAUGGAGCACAUGCUCAAAUAUCAUCUCGGGGGUCCGAAUAUAGCGAGUUCCAAGAACGUUAAGAAUUUGCUUCAAUUUCUCUGAUAUUUUUAAAUUUGGCUUGCGUUAAACUCGACUAUGGAAUGGAAUUUAGUAUCAUGAUAACAUCAACUAGGUA